AUGGAUUCAGACAGGGAGGGUCUGCCUCUGGUACAGAGUGGUCCGUCAUCGUCCCAGUACAGCGGGCUUCGAAACAGAAGUAACUACACUCAACCGGAACCGGAAAUCGAUUAUCCCGAUAAUCACCAAGAGCCGAAACUAUUAUCUCCAGAUGAACUUUUGUACCGAAUGAACUAUGCUUUCAUCAACCAUGGAUUUGAUGCUGAACAACAAGUAGAGCAUGCUCAGUCCAAUCUUCCGGCUGCAGAACAAGACGAUUAUGAAGAAAAGAUUUUAGAUAAAAUUAAGGAAAACUCACUUCCGCUCCGUGAAAAGCUGAAAGUUAUCCGCGUUUUCCAGCGUGGAAGUAAUCGACACCAUGCGGUCAAAGGUCAGUACAGCCGUCAAGGGAAGACAAGGAACAACAUCGCCUCGGCGUUUCAGCUGUGGGAUGGAGUUAUAAAAAACAUAGCAGCUUAUUUCGGAAGUAAUGUAGCAUCCUACUUCAAAUUUCUGCGGAUCUUGUUUUACAUCAACAUCUCGACAGCGUUUGUAAUGUUUGCCUUUACAACACUACCACAUCUGAUAGACACAGAUACGGAAAGCAACCUUACGAUCACUGGAACGUUUGGAGAGUUGUCUGAUAGCCUGAUGUUUUAUGGUGCGUACAGCAACAAGACAAUCCACCAUUACAAUCACCCAUUGGCUUAUCUGCUCACGUGGUUAGCCGUCAGCGUGACGACACUUGUCGCUAUUGGUGUCAGCAUGAACGUCCGCUACAGGCGUAGUAAACUAGCUAUCACGGAAGACAAUUACGAAUUUUCUCAUCGGACGUUCUGUUCAUGGGAUCAUGGGAUUACUACAAGGGCUGGAACACGUGACCACAUACGGGCAUUCACAAUGGAACUUAAAGAAAAAAUACGUGAAGAUCAAAGUCAUGAGAGGAAAGCGUGGACAGUAAUACUUGCCAGACUUUUGGGCCGUUUGGCCUCGAACAUGUUUGUCAUUGGAAUGCUUGGAGGGAGCGGAUAUUUGAUCUACUAUGUAGCACAAGAGUUUGAACUCCCGAAAGAGUCACCCGAUUUUUUACAGAAACUCUUCACCAAGUACCAACUGACGACAGUGGUGGCUGCCCUUAAAUUAAUUGUGCCAGUAAUAUUCAAGCUGAUUGGUAAAUUGGAAGCCUGGCAUCCUAGAAUAGAGCAGAAAGUGACUUUGACAAGGACAACGCUGUUCUACUUUGCCAGUCUGGCGAUUUUUAUAUCCUCUCUGUACAAUGUAACUCAAGAAUGCCUCGAUAAUUCUGAAGGCAGACCAGAUGAUGGAAGUGGGAAUAUUAACAAGACUAACACAGAAUUCUGUUGCUGGGAAAAUGAAGUGGGAGAGGAGGUUUUCAAGCUCAUUCUAGUGGACUUGGGGAUCUGUGUUGCUGUGGCAUUGUUUUUCUAUGUAUUGAAAGCCUUGUUGGUAAAGACGGGACAGUGUUUUGACUGGGUUAAACUGAGCGAAUUUGAUGUGUCGUCAAAUGUCCUUGACCUUGUUUACGGUCAAGGUCUUGUUUGGCUAGGUCUAUACUUUUCUCCAGUCAUCGCUAUCGUUGGAGCAAUUAAACUAAUCGUCGUAUUCUACCUUCGGUACUUUGUUGCACGUGUUGCGAUCACGCCACCUACUCGUGUUUUUCGUGCGUCAAGGUCAGGCAAUUUCUACCUCUUCCUGCUACUUCUCACGUGGUUCCUGUGUAUACUGCCACAAGCCUACGUCAUUAUUGAACUUACACCAUCCUGGGAUUGCGGUCCUUUCCUGGACAAAAAGCAUGUUGAUGAAGUAAUCACAAACGGAGUUGGAGACCUGCCAGACUGGCUGGAUAAUACUUUGUCCUAUAUAGGCACAGCUGCAGUCGCCGUUCCAGUUAUCGUCCUUCUGAUUCUGAUAGGAUUGUAUUAUAAAACGAGAGCCUCUUCAUACAGCGAUCUCGCCAGACAGCUCAGAAACCAAUUAAUAUUUGAAAGAAAAGUAGGAAAAAGGGAAGUGUUUGCGAUAGCCACCUCAGCACCAGCUGGCAGCUUAGGACGGACAACUGGCGUAGCUGCGGCGAAUAAGAUCGAUGAAAUGGAAGAAAGAUUACCACAUUAUCAGUGA